CCAAACAAUAUUUGUUUUCGUUGUAUAUUAUAUUAAUUACGAACAAAUAUAAAAUAUGGUUGUAACAAAAGAUGUUAAUCUUCCCGAAUUUACAGCUUUAAAUGUUCAAGAAGUCGAUUUAUCAACAGCGACGCUUAUGUCUGCGGGACCCUACCUCGGCAAGGACUGUGAAGGAAUCAACAACGAAUUUAUGUUGUGCCGGUAUGAAUCCCAAGACCCCAGGGCUUGUUUGGACCUUGGCAAAAAAGUGACCGCUUGCACUAUGCAAUUUUUCAAAAAAGUCAAAAGUAAAUGUCAACAUGAGUUCAAUCAAUAUGCUUAUUGUAUCGAUAAAAGCUCCGGAGACUAUUCGUUCGCUAAUUGUCGAAAGACACAAGCGGUGUUUGACAGGUGCAUGCAGGAAAAGUUGGGUAUGCAGAGACCUGACUUUGGAUACUUCUGUCGUGCCCGUGUGCACGAUAGUAAAAGCAUACCGCCAGCACCGCGUGAAUCCUGUCCGUGCCAUUCGCAGGUACCUGACCCUACUCCGUCGUUGCCAGAUUGUAAACCUCGCCCAGCAGCUCGCUUUUCCAGCCGAUUGGAUUGGAUUACGGAGUAGACUUUUAUUUAAAUUCAUACAAUUUUGAAUACACGUUUUCCGUUGGAAUAUUCCAUAAUUGUAAAGCUUGAUAGUAUUAUUUUUUGCGAAAAAUUAAAAGCCAUUUUCCACGGAGUGUUAGAUUUUAAUACUGA